GAGGGGGAGGAUGGCCCAAACACUAAGUAAUCCAGGUUUGGGCUGGAAAACAAAGUUGAAGUUACUCAUUAGCAGGUGAAAGGGUCAAGGGUUGAGGCAAGGGGCUGGGAGCAGAGUGGACUAAGCAGCCAGCAGGGGAGAGAGCAGCUAAGGCACCAGCCACUCCACAUAGAACACCAGCUCCCUCCUGCUGGAAGAUGUUCCACCAAAUUUGGGCAGCUCUACUCUACCUCUAUGGCAUUCUCCUUAACUCUAUCUACCAGUGCCCUGAGCAUAGUCAACUGACAACUCAGAGUGUGGAUGGGAAAGAGUUCCCAGAGCCCCACCUGGGCCAGUGGUACUUUAUUGCAGGGGCAGCUCCCACCAAGGAGGACUUAGUGACUUUUGACCCUGUGGACAACAUUGUCUUCAACAUGGCUGCGGGCUCUGCCCCCACGGAGCUCCAGCUUCGCGCUACCAUCCGCACGAAAAAUGGGCUCUGUGUACCCCGGAAAUGGACCUACCACCUAACUGAGGGGAGCACAGAUCUCAGAACUGAAGGCCGUCCCGACAUGGAGACCAAGCUCUUCUUCAGCUCAUGCCCAGAUGGAAUCAUGCUGAAAGAGACAGGCCAGGAUCGCUCACCACACCCUCCUGAGAAGUGCGUGGAGGAAUUCCAGUCCCUGACCUUCUGCCUAGAGUCCAAGGCCUUCUUACUAACUCCAAGGAAUCAAGAGACCUGUGAGCUGUCUAGUAACUGACAUAUGGCUGCAGCUGUGCCCCCAGAUGGAUAUAGUAGGAGCUGAGAUAAUGGGGAGAGGAGAACCUGGAGACUCCCAACUCCCUCUUAAGAAUAAUAAAGAUCAUUUUUCAAUUGGGGUUUAUUUCC